AGAUAUUCAAGAAACUGUGAUUUCUGAUGGGGCUUCUUCUUUCUCUUUCUCCUCUUCCGCAUCCUUUGUUUCAACGGAGCGAAACGUUGGUGCAGGCACUGAAGACAGAUGUAAUGAUAUCCAGACCAAGUAGGCAUCAAUCCAUAAUGUCUGACGAUUCGGAGGAUAUUGGAAAAAAAAUUAACAAUCUCAAUUUGACAGAUAAAAAGGAUAUCAACAUUUUACUCUUAGGAGAAACAGGAGUGGGAAAGUCGACAUUUAUAAACUCUGUUGCUAACUAUUUGACUUACAAUGAUCUUAAAACAGCAAAAAAGGAGAAUUUAAUUGUACUAAUUCCUACAGAAUUCAGUAUGAAAGAUAAGAACGGAGAAUUUCAUAUUAUCAGUAUUGGAGAUAAAGAUAAUAAUGAAUAUUUGGAUACUGGUGUUUCAGCAACUCAGGAUGUGAAAACGUAUGUUUUUCCCAUAUGGAAUGGACGAGCCAAAGUACGCCUCAUUGAUACUCCUGGAAUGGGAGAUACUAGAGGAAUAACUCAAGAUAAUAUUAAUUCUGAAAAUAUACUAUCAUAUAUAGGACAACUUCACGAACUUCAUGCGAUAUGUUUCCUUUUCAAACCUAACCAAUCGCGAAACACUGUAUUUUUUAGAUAUUGUAUGUCUCAAAUUUUAUCUCGGUUGGAUAAAUCAGCAAGUAAAAAUAUUAUAUUUGGUUUUACCAACACCAGGGGUUCAGAUUAUGGACCUGGAGAAACCAUUAAUCUCCUGAAGAGGGAAGUUGAAUCAAUUCGUGAAAAACAGGAUCAAGCCGAAAUUCCAAUCAAUAGAAAUGUAUUCUGUUUUGAUAAUGAGGCAUUCAGAUAUCUAGCAGCAAUGAAACAAAAUGUUGAAUUUGAUGAGUCUAUUAAGCAAAGAAAUAAAGAGAGCUGGAAAAAUUCAUCAGAACAAUGCUGGAAACUGAUUAACUACAUCGUGGGUGAUCCUAAAAAUCCUCCCCUGAAACCGCAUCAUGUGAAAAGUACGAGCGCAAUAAAUGAAGCUCGAAGGAUGAUUCAACAGUUAGCUCAACCUUUGGCAGAGAUUUCUCAAUUGAUAAACAGCAAUGUUCAAGCUCUAGAACGACAUAAAGCCAACAUGCAAUUGGAUAAUCAAUCACUGGAAGAAUUGAGAAGUAAACUAUAUAUGCCUGUAAUUUCCUUGGAAGUUAUUAAGCUUACCCAACCUGUUACAGUCUGUACUGCUAGAAAGUGUGCAGACAUCUAUAAGGUAGGAAGUGAAAAUAAAUGGCAUUAUAAACAGCGUUGUCAUGAUCCUUGUUUUUUGAGCAAUGUCCCAAAGGAGAUUAUCGGUACUCCCGAAUUGAUACACUGCGCAGCCAUGGAUGGAACAUCAAAUUGCAUCAAAUGUGGAUGUGAUUUUAAAAUACACAUGCAUGUCUAUUAUAUGACAAAAACCAUAGAGGUGCGUGAAGUUGAUCCUAACGUCGAGAAAAAUAUAAACAGUAAAGAAGCUAUCAUGAAUAACAUGAGGAAAGUCAUGGGAAGUAUCAUUGACAGAAAAGAAGAGCUUGAUAAUGAACAUCAUACUAUUGUUAAAAUUUGCGCCAGAUUCGCACAUUUUCUUCAGAAUAAUGCCAUAACACCAUUUAGUGAUUCUUACAAGGAAUAUAUCGAGUACUUGAUAAACAGGGAGAAGUCUUUGGGCAAAUUAUGUGAUGCUCAAACUGUGGAACAUUUGCAAAAACUUCUUAGAGAAUAUGAAGAAACUAAAGCAUCCUUUGAGGAAGCACUUAAGAUGAAUAAGAAGAUUGGAAGAACUGAUCAGAUUGUAUCUGCCAAGGAUAUCAGUGAUAGCAUUCAAGAGCUAUAUAAACUGAAACAUAAUGGUAAAAAAAUAAAAGAAUUGUAUGAAUGUCAAAAAAAGGCGAGGAAUAAGGAACAUGAAAAUACUGAAUAUCUUCAUAAUAUUUCAUUCAAAGCUGAAGAAAAAAAAAGUAAAAAGCCAGAUGAUAAGACAGGGAAAGAUAAACAAAGCACUGAAAAUAGAAAUAAAAGAAUUAGUGAUACAGACAAUAGAAAUAGACAGCAAAACAGUCAACCCAAUAGAGGUAAUGCGUCCUCUAGAAGAAAUGAUUUUCAGAGAUAUCCUUCUCGUGAUGCUCCCCCAGCAUAUCACGAAGUUAAUCAACGACAGCAUCAUUAUUCUCCCCCCCAAGCUGCUGGACCUCACCCUAAUGGAUAUUAUCCCCCCUAUCAAAUGGGUUAUUCUUAUGGGCCUCCACCAAAUGCUUAUGGUCCUCCACCAAAUGCUUAUGGUCCUCCACCAGCCGGAAAUGCUUAUGGGCCUCCACCAAUCACUGGACCCUAUGGCGCACAUCAAGGUCAUUUUCCUGGAGCUGAUCCUUACAAGUAUGGACACGAUUACCAAUAUCCCAGUGACCGUCGAGAUGAUCGUUUGGCUUAUGACAUUAACAUAACUGUUAAGAAACCAGGUGACGAUUCCAGAGGCCGACCAACUCUUGAUCAUUUUUCUUAUCCACCACAAGAUCCAUACUAUAGACCUUAUGAUCCCGCAGUUUCUGGACAUUAUGCAACUCCUCCAACUGGAACAUAUCAAAGCCCUCCAGGCAGAAACCCUGCUGGUUCUUCUGGAUAUGAUCACCACCAUGGUGUUCUUAAUCACUCGUAUGAAAGGUCUCGGGUCAAUAAUUCAAGAACUGGAUAUGAUCAAGGCAGAGGCGGUAACAGAGGUAGAGGUGGUAUAAAUAAAAGAGCUAAAAAACGAAAUAACAACAAAACAAAUGCUGACCGCAAUACAUCGGAUGAUUCCGACAGUUAGAUAUAUAUAAUAAAAAUUUAUUUGGAGACACACAUUUCAGGUAAUUAUUUUUUAUUCAGUUUGAAAGUGUGUCUCUCGCAGAGUAUAAUGAAUACUUUUAAUUUUGAGUCAUAGAGUUAUACUUUUAUUUCAACAACUAUCCCAGGAACUAGUUCAACAGUUACUACAGAAUUAUCUUUUAACUUUAUGGACUAUUGAUUUAAUAAGCUUGUUGAAUUAUUCCAUUUUCUCGUAUGUAUUGUUUUUUUAUUUGCCUUAUAUUGGAAAUAUUUUGAAGUUUCAAUAUUGAGUGAAUAUAAAUAUUUAAUAAAACUGAUUGCCAGGUGUUGCUCAAUGACGAUUCAUACUUGAAACUCGAUGUUGAAAUGUCCUACUCUUUUACAAAGUGAAUACUUUCGUGUCUUUGUUUGAUGAGGUUUUAAUUUUAGAUAAAUAUAGAUAAGUACUCAUGUUGAAGGAUUUUUUAUGUUGGUAUUGGAACAUUUCAUUUUAACAGAUGAAUUACAAAUUUGCUCUGUGUUACAAACGUUGAGGCUAUUCAGAAAUCAUUUCAAGAUUGUUUUAUUUCUAUCAGAUAAAAAUACAUUUAUACAGGAAAAACUUAAACGAAAAAUAAAAAACAAAAGAGCCCAAUAUACAUACUAAAAUCUAUAACUAAAAUAUUUUACAAUCGAGUAAGAUUGUAACGGGAUAGUAAUGGGAAUCAGGAGUGAUCCUUAAUGAAAUAUUGUUUAUAAGUGAUUUCAUACAAAUCAUACUUCUGCAAAAUAUUUUUAAAUGCAAAUUAUUGAUAUGUAUUUCUCAAACUUGGGAGAUACAAAAUAAUCAUUGUAAUAAUGGUAAGAAGGUUUUUUAAGGUAUUUUUGGAGUUCUGGAAUGAAUAAUUAUAAUAUUAUUCAUUUACAGUUUCACCAUUCUAUCUAGAUUAGAUUUAUUAUUUUAAUCUUAGUGAUAUGAAUAAGUAUACAUAAUUAUAUGAAGAGAGAAAUUUCUACUUUUCUGCAGUGUUUUGUUAUCAAAACAAACUGUAUAGGAUGCAUAACUUCCUAUAAUAACAGAAUGGUGAAAAUUUUGGUUUAUGAUAAGACUUUCACCAAAGAGAAAGGUAAUCACUGCUUAGUUGAUAUAAUUAUGUGAUGAUGAUUUUCGGGCAUGCCCAGAAGUUAUAUCAUAAUAAUUGUAUGUGUAUAUUCUCUAUAUUAUAAUGAUGGAAUAGGAACGUAAUAAACUUGAAUAUUCACUCUCCCACAACAUAUUAAAACAUUUACAGGAUUUCAUGAAAUAUUUGUAUUCAAUCCUGUAAAUCGUUUUCUCACAUGAUGGCCCAAGGAAAGGUUCAUGUUGUUUUUGUUAAUGGAUAACAAAAGUAAAAGCAAAGUAGGGUUUUUGAAGUAACUGAAAAGUUGUAGAUAGUUGAUGCAGAAAUUUUGGUACAUCAGUUUUCUUUCAAAGGCAAAUAAAAAAUCAAUAACAAUAUUAUUUCAUAUCUGUUUUGUUUUGCUAUUGAUGUUAUAUGUUACCCAUUAUUGCCUUAUAUAAUAAAUGAAUUAGUUUUCUAA